AUGCCGGAUGUCGGCGGGCCAUCCUACCUCGUUCGUCUACUACAGGAGACAUCCCUUUUCGACUUCCAAGUACUCAAGAACGCAUUGGACAUGCUCGCACUCAAGUCACAACUCAUCGGCGUCGCUCUCGUGCUGGCAUUCUGUGCUGAAACCCUCUAUGCAAGGAAUGGGUAUAAUAACAAGCACGUAUGCCCACCCCGCUCGAAGGUACUACCUCAUAACACCGACUACAGGAAACGAUGCGAAGCUGAGACUGGCCCUGACGGUGCCGAUCCCAAGUGGCCUUGCUUCACCUUCUGGAGCGGAAGUUUGGAUGAUGUGCUCGCCGAUACGUCUGCUUCAGGCAAAGCUCCCCACGAAUUCCUCCUCAUAAAAAAUGGCUACAAGUACGACUUUACAACUGCCGACCCCACCAAGGACUUCGAUCUGAAAUGGCAGGAAGGGGACGUUGAGAUGAGCUAUUCCGACUUCGACAAGGAAAAGGGCUGCUUCAAGAUCACGCUGAAGCACUCUAGUACGGAUGCUUACCGUAUCUGGGUCUCUGCCGAGAACAGCAAAGAGCGAGACCUAGACACCUGGAAACGUGGGGAGACGUCCACGACCCUAUGCACAAAGUGGGUCCACGUCCACAUCAAGUACGAUGGCACUUCUGCUCGUCACCUAGACGCACCAGUGUGCGGUCUACGCAUUAGAGAUUCAGCAUCUGCUGCUGCUGUGACACAACCUUGUCACGACAGGACAACAGCUGGUAAGAUCGAAAGGGCUCGUGAGGCUCGCCAUCCCAACAAUUCGAAGCUCCCUCUUUGUUCAAUGAUAGCAACUCCUACCUUCCCAUCCUACUUAGCUUUCGCCUUCCUCCAUCUUCCAGUACCAAUCAUCAAGUUUGCUUCCGAAAUGAACUCACUUGGGCUCAUUCUCCUCCUCAGCACUCUCAGCGCCCUUUCUGCGGCCUUUGCCCAAGACUGUCCGCUGAAGUUGACCCCAAUUCGCCCUCGCAACUCGGACUUCAACAAAGCUUGUUCUGCCAAUUCCGCCUCCAAGUCUCCUUGCUUUCAUCACGUCUCUGGCUCGCUUCACUAG